AUGGGGUUGCUGCAGGUCAAGGCGGUGUCGCCCGUGGAGGGAUUUAUUUUGCCAGGGGGUAAGAGUUUAUAUAAAUAUUUAAAAAUUAAUGGAUGGUUAAUUAAUAUAAAUAUUUUUGCGCCAGUAAUUCCAGCUGGAGCACUUCAGACAGAAAGCGGUUUACACACAUUGGCGGUAUCAGGAGGUGCUGGUGGCGGUGCUAUUGUCCAAUAUGCGACCAACCAAGAUGCCCAGUUUUAUGUCCCGGGUCCUAUGUUAGAGGAUCAAACACGUAAACGAGAGCUACGAUUGUUAAAAAAUCGUGAAGCUGCGAGAGAAUGUCGUCGCAAGAAGAAAGAAUACAUCAAAUGCCUAGAAAACAGAGUGGCGGUGCUCGAAAAUCAAAACAAGGCGCUUAUAGAAGAAUUAAAAUCGCUUAAGGAACUGUAUUGCCAACAAAAGACAGAAUGAGGUCCAGCUGGCUAACUGGGUGCGCCGCUGCCCGGCCAGUGCUCACAAUAUGGCACAACCUGUUAGUCUGCAUACUCAAGUGCGGGCUAUGAAAUUUCUGUUCAGGUGACAUGUCGGGUUUCCAAGUUCUAUUCUUUUCUGUACAUUUUUAAUAAAUAAAAUCGUCUAAAAAUUGUUUAUGUAUUGGUUGGUUCUGAAAAGCUGCGUUUCUUGUAGUAUUGUUAGAUUUGAUAAUUAUGUUUAAUUGUUAAUUCGUUUUCAAAUUUUCUGUUAUUGUUUUUAAUAUCAGUUUACUUGAGGUUGAUAUUUAUGCAGUAUAGGGAAAGAUAUACAUAUGAAUUUCAUACAUCUUUCCAUUGAUAAUCUAGAUUUUCUUUAUUAUGCGGAGUGAUUGAUUUGUCACUAUUGUAAAUUGUUUAUUGGCUUAAGCAGUUCUGUUUAUUGUGUUAUUUGUUAGUGUUCCAUACAGAGAAACAGCACUAAUGGGAUGAAAUUGAAAAAUCAAAUAUGAAAUUUUAGCGAGUGUCUUACUGUGACAUUUUUUUUUACAAAUUGUUGUAAAUUUGACAUAGAUAUAAAAAUGCAGUUACGCAAAUAUGGACGUGACAUUUAAAUUUGAUGAAUUGACAUUUAAUGAAGUGAAGCACCCAUUUGAGAAUGUUAAUAAUUAUUGUGUUGCAAUAUCGCUUCUUCCCGAACCUCCAAAACGAUUUAAGCAAAAUAUUACAAAAUAGGACCUUAUUACAAAAUAGAUUGUAAAAUGAGAUUUAAGUGAAACAAUCAAAUUUUCGUUAUUUCCUGAAUCAAAGUCACAUACUAUAAGUUGUAUUUACAAGCCUUGUUGCAGAAAAUGUACGAACAUGAAUUAUUAUGUCGAUUAAAUUUGGCGUAUAUAAUUCUAAAACAUUCAUGACCUAUAAUAUCUCAUAAAAUAAUACCACUGUCUUAGCUAUGAGACUAGAAAUAUCUGGUUCCAAAAGGGGAAGUGUAUAAAAAGUGGUUGUUAUUUCUGGGAUUAGGUUUGUGGAUAUAUCUUAAUGUGGCUACUUUAAACGUUUGUUAUAUAAUUAUGCUUGUUCCAAAACAAUAUAGACCAAAGAUAAAUAAAUCUUCAAAUAUGAUUUUUUAAUUGUCCAAUAUUAAUAAGAUUGCGGUUUUUCCCUUGAAUUAUACCUCACAUCAUCUGAAUAUUACGAAUCGUAUAAAAUAUGUUUAAUCAAUAUGCGUAGAGAUAGGAAAUUAAUUAUAAAAGCAAUCUUUUUGAUAAAUGUUUAUGACAAAUACCCGCAAGUGGUUGUUAGGGCAGUUUUUAUUUCCAAAACUUGAUUGAUUUUGGCGCAAGCAUAAAAGUAUUUACAAAAGAGCGCAAAAGUUAUCAUUUUAUUUGAAACAAUGGUUAACUGAUAUAAUCAAUUUAACCUGUUCUAUAUUGCAUCCUGGAUUAGAUUGAAUAUUACGUAUUCGUUAAAAAAAAAGCGUUUUAUUAUUCGCAAAUAAGUAAUCUAUAAAAAAAUCUUUUCAUUAAACAACUGGAUAUUUUUCGUUUAAAUUUUGCAAAUUAUAAGUAAAGGUAUCAUAUAAUAUGACAUGUGAAAACGAAAUGAGGUAACUAUUGCGCAACUUUAUAAUAUAAUUUUAAUGUAAGAACAGAACUCUGGUUGUACAAGAACGACUUGCGUUUUUUAGGUAUCACUAUCGACUUGGGUGCCAUUUUCAAAAAUACAUGUUUGUGAUGAAGCUAUAUUUUAUAAGUACACCAAGUUAGUUUCGAUUUUUCAUACUUGCCGAAAUUUUUAUGUUUUAAUUUGUUCUGAUUUUUAUUCUUAUAUAAUAUGUCACACAUGUCUGUGAUUGAAGGCGCGGAAGUGAGAGAGUACCCUAUGUAAGUUGACUAGUAUUUUGAACACCGCACAGGUGUUUGUAAUGCAUAAGCCAAAGUUAAUAUUUUUAGUUAUUUUGUGCAAUAGCCAUAUUGCAAUGUACAGUUUUACUAUCUCUUUCUAUUACAUAAUAUGAACGAAUAAAUAAUUAAUAAAAUGAAAAUUUUGUACAUUGUGUAUAGAUAAACAGGUAUGUAAAGAAAUGUAUAAAAGAGAAUCUGUAUAUAUACAUAUAUUUUAUGUAUUAUUUGUGAACAGUGGAUGAUGUAACUCAUGGUAAAUUCCAUUUUAAACACUUAGUGCACCAUUUAUUUAAUAUCACUAAUAUAUUAUCUGAGCUGUUGAUUCAGAUUUCGCCAAUAUAAAAAAGAUAAUAUUUAAAUGUAAUAAUACCACUUUGGUACAAAUCAAUUUUAUGGGGUUGGGGCAAGUUAAACAAAAUUAAAUGUCAUUUAAAUUUUAUCAAGUCAUCCACGAAAUUUGUUAUUUAUAUUUUAUAUAAAAUGUUUUGUAAAAGGGUAAAUUUAGUUCAUUACGAAAAUUAAGGUAAAUUCUAAUUUCGAGGACAUAUGAUGGACAAUUCACAGGUACUUUACACUCCAAAGUAGUACUUUAAUUUUAUCUCCACUUUUGUAUGUGCAGUGUGUACCUCGAGAAUAGGAUUUUACCCCUACUAUAAUAUUUUAUAAAUUCUGCUUCCCAUGAUUGAUGCAGGGUAAGGAAAAAAAAAGAAAACAUUAACUGGAUUGGCAUAAUAUCUAUUUUCUUUUUGUUAACGUUUUAUGUAAAAUGUCGCACUCAAUCAUGGAAAGCAACAUAGGAUUAUAGAUAGAAAUUGUGGAAAGUGCCUUUAAACUUAGAAGAAUAAAGUUUAUACCAUCAUAGCUCUUUACGUUAACUUAAUGCUAUUUAUAAAUAAUAAUAUUAACUGUUUGAUGUAA